AUGUUUUACGCGCAGGUUCUAGCCGCUGUGGUAGUAGGCGCAGAGUCCACCGUGACAUCUCUGACCAACGAGGCCGGCCAGCGAGGAGACUCUAGCGAAGUGUCCGGACGCCCAAAUCGUCAAGGUUUCGAGGUACUAAGACUUCAGGACACUAUGGCAGCGCUUCCGUCGGGCUUCCAAUCAACAGAGGCUGUGACCUACGAUGCUAUGAACGCACCUCAAGCUGCUGGAGGUGAAGGCAGGUACGCGAUUGGCGUCCCGUCACAGAUGCUGCACCAAACACAGAAUGGCGGCUCUUUUUCUGGCACCAGCGGUGAACAGUACCACGCCUCGGCUACGGACCACUACGGUGGCCUCGGAGGUCCCGGUGGUUCAGGCGCAUACGGCUUUCCGGAUGCCAUGAGGUACUACCACUACGGCUCGGGUCCGAAGGCGUACAACACCGAACACGCUUACGCCUACGAGAAGGUGUACCCGGAGCGCAGCUACAGCACCAACCACGCCACGUCUUACGAGAAACACUACGACGAUAACGACAAGAAAGGCGGGCCGUGGGAUGGUGGUGGCUACGAGUCGCGUUUCAGUACCAGCUAUCCCAUCAGAGGUGGCCACGCUGGCGGCGGCUACGGCUACCGACACGGGGAAAGUUACGGUAAGGGUACCGGGAGGGGGUACUCCAGUGGCUACGCACCGAAGGGCUACGAAUCACGCUACGACUCACGGCCCGCGGCCGCUUCGUCUAGGGGGAGCCGAGGGGGUGCAAGAGCCGGUCCCAAGAUCAAGCGCUACGUCUACAGGAACCCUUACGACAAGAGCACCACGCGGGUUGUGGAGAUGCACUCGAGCCGCGGCCAACCCGACUGGGCUGCGUCCAACGAAAAUUGGCAGGUCUGGAGGGCGGACGACAUGGAACGGUUCGUGUUGGGACUGAUGCGCAACGGCUGA